AUGGCAAGUGACACUGUACUUAAAUAUUUAGCCGAUACUAAUAGACCGUACUCGUGUGCAGAUAUUACAGUUAAUUUGAGGGGCACGUAUUCUAAAAAUGCAAUACAAAAAGCGCUUGACGCGUUAGGCGAAUCAGGUAAAAUACGAUGCAAAUUGUACGGUAAACAGAAGGUAUAUGCAGCGUUACAAACUGAUAGUACAGAAAUAGCUAGCGAUUCAGAAGAUUAUGACUCGCAAAUCGUAAGCAUAACAAACAGUUUAGAUGAAAAAAAAUCUUUACUAAAAACUGCUGAACUCAACCUCAAAAACCUCUUAUCCGCGCCGACCAAUGAUAGCGCGAAAUCACAAAUUGAGGAAAUUAAAAAUAAAAUAGUCAAACUAGAAAACAAGUUGAUCGAUUUGCGCAACUCUACUGAAGUUGUAAGCGUUAACGAUAAAAAAAUAAUAUUAAACGACCACGAUAUUUUUUUUAAAGAAUACAGAAAACGCAAGAGAAUUUGUUCAGACAUGAUCGAAGCUGUUCUUGAAGGUUAUCCGAAAUCAAAAAAGAACUUUCUAGACGAACUAUGUAUAGAAACGGACGAGAUGGUUAAUUUCAAACUGGCUUCGAAACAAUAA